AUGAUCAAUCUUCAAUUUCCAUCGUCCGAAGCACUUAGUGGCCAAUUGUCUCGAGAAAGCAUGGAUACAGUUCGGGAGGGGUAUGUCAAGGGUGGAGCCGAGUUUGAACCAGAAGGUGGUGCACAGAAUGCCAUGCAAAGCUAUGUACAUACACAAGCUGUGGCGGACAAGACCGUAGCCGAUUGCGUGGAAGCUAUCAUCGGUACAUAUCUCUUGAGUGGAGGUAUUCAAGGAGCCAUCAAAGUUAUAGAAUGGAUGGGGAUUUUACCUACUAAGGAUUCCUUUUCAGAAUUAUUGCACAAAAAAGUAUCGCCUUUAGUCACAGAUCAAACAGCAACAAUCAGUGAUAUAGAUUAUUUACUGUCCCACAGCAGAACAGAUGUAGAAACGAUAUUAAAUUAUAAAUUCAAUGAUCCGUCUUUCUUACUUGAGGCGCUAUCACAUUCAUCUUACAUUCGUAACCGAUUGACACGUUCUUACGAACGCCUCGAGUUUCUAGGAGAUGCCGUCUUGGACUUCCUCAUUACAUCACAUAUAUAUGAAAACUGUUGUGAACUGAAGCCUGGCGAGAUGACCGAUCUUAGGUCUGCUCUAGUCAACAACGUCACGUUCGCCUCUUACAUUGUCAAGUUGGGACUGCACAAAUUCCUUUGCUCCGAGUUGAAUGCAACGCUCUCGAAAGCCAUCAUAAUGUUCGUGGAUCAUCAGACUCAAAGAGACCAUGUUAUUGUAGAAGAUGUUCUCUAUUUAAUAGACGAGGAAGAGUGUCAAAUGGCUGAAUAUGUUGAAGUGCCGAAGGUGUUAAGUGAUAUGUUCGAAGCUUUAGUCGGAGCGAUAUACUUGGACAGCGGCGGUGACCUAAAGCUUGUCUGGUCUGUAAUCUACCGCAUAAUGCACGAAGAAAUACAUUCGUUUUCAUAUCGUAUACCGCAGCAGCCCGUCAAAGUGCUCUAUGAAAGGAUACACGCCUGUCCUAUGUUUGGCAAAGCAAUUGUAAUCGACCCGGACUUACCAAAGAUAAAGGUAUCGGUAACUAUUACAAAGAACGAUCGACAGCACACGGUGUUCGGCAUUGGACGUAACAAGUCUCAAGCUAAACGGGCAGCUGCUAAAGUAGCUCUCAAAGUAUUAAGUCUUUAA